GUCUUUGUUCAUUCCAUGAAGAGAAGAUCAAUCUAUCGUAUGAUCUUGGUCUUAAGUGACCAGAUUCACUUAUUUACAUAAUUCCAGUCAAGGCCUCAUUUAUUGUUGUAACUACCUAAGUAUGAAACUCUCAUUCUACAGUAGGAGAUUUACUGAAGCAUAAAUGUCAGUCGUAGAAGUAUCCAAUCCUUUUAGUGAUGCAGCUUCUUACCGCUGUAGUCCUUGCACUUUCCAGAUUCAAAGGCUAUUUAUUAACCUCUCUAUUUCUCUCAAGCACUCUUCCAAAUUCAGAUAAAUCUUACCACAACCUUACGCAUCGGUCAUCAACCAUGGAAAAUUAUCCAGUUUACCAAUCAAUCGGUCUUCAUCUACAAUACAUGAUUGUUGUCGAGUCCCGAUCAUAUCGUGGGAAUGUCGAUAAUGAGGAGUUCUUGGCGGUUGCUGCUUAUUGGAGCGAAAUGAUUGAAAACAAUGACUAUCAUCGAGCUCUCGCCCGCCCCGACUUUAACAUGUACAACAUAGACUUUAAGAUCUGGGAACACUUUUUCGCCAUGAACACAACAAACAAUUGGGUAUCAUUCCCGUGUGUCGAUCCUCGUGGACCACUCGAUAUGGUCGACUUGAAUCCAUUCCCAGUCCUUCACUACAGUCCGCGGCCAGUCGAUAGUGUAGCUAUUGCGCCAGCCCAACAAAAGACAGCUCCUUCCGUUGGUGCUUCUAAUCAAACUCCAGUCUCAUCGGUUAGAGAACAGCUUCCUGCAUAUCACCAUGGCCUAUCAGUUAACGAUUUGGAGCAGCUAGCGCGAAGAGAGGUCAACGAACGUUUAACACAAGGGGUAAAAGGCAGAUCCAACAAGCCACCGCGAUUUCAGUAAAAAGCGUCUAGGUGUUUGUUAAAAUCACGUUCGAUGUGGUAUUGACACUUACUGUCGCUUAUUCCCCUGGUCUUUUGUCGCAUGCAUAAUGCAAGUUGCUAGAGCAUCCGAUACGACAUUGGAUAUAUAAGGGAGCUAUAUUCAUAAGGAUGUGAGGCGGUGAUGUUCUGGAGGGAGCUGGAGAAUAUAAGAUUCGUUAUGGUGGGUUUUAGGGGAUUAAUGGAAAACCAAGAGGUAUCUCUCCGUGUGAUCCA